CAUCUAGAAUAGGCGUGAGCAGCACAUCUAGUACCGUGGAUCGACCGGGGCUGCCAGCUAUCAAUUAGGCAUAAUAACAACCGGAAACCGUCAAAACAUUUGGCUGACAACAUUCCAUUUCAGAUUCUCUCUGGCUACAUUCAAGAUAUACUCAACAUAUGACCUCCACUAUGGAUAACUCGAAACCAUUUACUGGAAAGGUGGUGACUGUGACUGGAGCAGCACACGGCAUCGGACUGGCAACAGUGAACUGGCUUGUCUCCCGAGGUGCUACGGUUUGCAUGGCAGAUAUUGCAAAGAGUGCACUGGAAAAGGCAGCGGAGAAAGUCUCGCAGCAGUUCCCAGAUGCAAAGCUCACUCAUACGGCUGUCAACGUCAAGGACGCGAAGUCAGUCCAAACUUGGAUCGAGGCGACCAAGGACUCCUUUGGUAGAAUUGAUGGUUGCGUGAACAAUGCUGGAGUGGUAGGCCACGAGUAUAAGCCGAUAUCGGAGGUCUCGGAGGAGGAUUGGAGCUACGUUCUGGAUGUCAACUUGAAAGGCGUCUUUAACUGCCUCAAGGCAGAGCUACAGGUGAUUGAGGAUCAUGGUAGUAUUGUCGACGUUGCCGGUGUUGCUGGCCAGUUUGGCUUUGCAGACAUGUCCCCAUAUGUCGCUUCCAAACAUGGCAUCAUUGGCUUGACAAGAUGCGCUGCUAAAGAAGUAGCUGGGAGAGGAGUCCGCGUUAAUGCAGUCUGUCCGGCAAAUAUCAAAACCGCGCUCGUACACGAAGAGAACAGACAAUCACAUGGAGCAUUUGCUCCGAAGCACUCGCCCCAGCUCUUCAAGAGAUAUGGUCAGGCCGAUGAGGUCGCUGCAAUGAUCGGCUUCCUGCUUGGUGACGAGAGCAAGUUUACUACCAAUUCGACCUACAAUAUCGAUGGCGGAUGGACUGCUUGAUUAUGUCUGUACUAUUAAAAGCCACAACUUUCUGUCAUUU